CUGCCAGCUGGGCCCAACCGGUUCCCGUACAUCGCAGCAAUCAGCAGCAACCGCCUGAUGAAUUUUGCUCUACAGCAACCACUCCCUCCAUCACCACUCUGCUUCGUUCGAACUCCUCUCUUCCUUCCUCGUCUCAGUGUCUCACCCAACCCACGAUCCGAGAACGCAACCUCCUCCAUGGAGCAAGACGAGCGCGAGGUCCCUGACCUGCCUGAGGGGAAGGAGAAGGAGCAGGGAGGCGGUGCUCCGGCGCCGGGCGGGGUGGCCGUUGCAGAGGGCGGCCUGGCUAGCGGGGCCGCUUCAUCGGAGCAGGAGGGCGUCUCGGGGGCGGGCAAUGGCGGUUGCCAUGCCGCUGCUGCAUCGGAGAGCGACAACGAGGAUCUUGAGGAAGCUUUGAUGGAGAAGUUGGAAGGGGUCGCUCCGGUGGGCAAUGCCGGCCGUGGCGAUGCGCCGGGGAGCGGUAGGAACGAAGACCCUGCGACGAUUCACUUCGAGCCUCGAAGGUUUCGACCGGCCAGGCGAGCGGUCGCGCACGCGAUGCCGCCAUCGUCCUACCGCCGCCUGCCACUCCGAAGCAGGAAGCAGUACAGCCCGACCCGCUUCAUCUUCGCGGGAGACGCAGCGUCGGGCAUCGUCAAUGCUGAUGAUGCUGGCACGUCAGAAGCAGCAAGCGUCCCACUUCCCACCGCCAGCAUCGGCUCACCGUCGGCGACGUCGCGAUCCGCCGGUGUCUCUGCAUUGGCCAAUGCCGGGCAUGGCGCCAAGAACGAAGCGACGGUCUCGUCGACGGCGACGAGAUGCUCUGAGAUUGACGUUGCGGUUGACAAGCCGUGCUCCGACGAUCACAACACCGAGUCGAAGGAUGUGGAAGCGGGGCGGGCAUCCUCGUCAUGCCGCCAUCCUUCUCGCAGCAGGAAGCAGCGCCGCCCUGAUCGCUGCAUCUCUGACCCCGAGGAAGAAGCCGGUGCCGCAGCCGCAGCCCGUGCCAAGGCUCGUCGGGGAAACGUUGUCCUCGACAGGUUCCUCACUUACCUGAUCCGCACCUCGCCGGAACAGAGGCCGGAGUGGGUGAGGAAUGUCAUGGCAGACGAUGUCGGCGUCCAGGAGCAGCGUGGCAGCAAUGUCUCGAGGACGGAGACAGCGGGCAGUCCAGAAGGGCCGCCGGAUGGGAGCGCAAGGAUUCUCGCCAUUGUUGCCAUUCUCGGCGCUUCCCUGGCGCUCAGCUUGGUCUCGUGCGUGCUCUUCUACAUCGUCGAUCAGAGAACAGGCUCUGGGCUGCCCGACACGAACCAGAAGAAGUGAGCCAUCUCAAUGGUCAGGCUUCAGCGUUCAGCAAAGGCUGCAAGUUCAUGUGGUGUUGUUGCAAAGCAGUGAAAUGUGAAAUCCUUGGAGUUGAAAUCUGUAACAAGUGGAAGUGUUUUGUGUCUGGAAAGUUUACUGUAGUGGGGAAUUUAACUGAGUUAUUGCUGUUCACUAUAUUCACUAUAUAGUUCUUGUACAUCUGCUUUCAGAGUGACAGGAAGGUGACCUUUUCUGUGUUUAAACUCUCAGCUUCGCAGUUUCCGAAUUAUUAUAUCCAUUAGUCUA